AUGGUAGCCAGUAAGGUUAUAUCCGAGCUCACAGAUCCUGACGGUCACUGGUUCCUCAUAUGCCCUGGACAAGACCCUCCAAAGGUGGUCAAAGUAAGCGUGAGAGUACAGGAUUUCCAAAAAAGCGUUGAUUACUGGACCAAUCAGUUGGGAAUGAAGGUUGUUGAGCAACGAGAUAAAGGACGCAUCACUAUGGAGCUUUGGCGAGGGUCAGGUUGGUGGGUUUUGAUCUCUGUGAAGGAAACGUUUGGUAACACUGGUUUUAUAUAUUUUCAGUGUUGCCUUGAAGUACGUCAACUUCCAGAAGGUACCGCAUUGGAUAGAGGAAGCGGUUAUGGGCGCAUAGCCUUCGCCUAUCCCGAUGAUGGACUUUCUGCAUUGCAAGAGAAAAUGAAAGCGGCUAAGCUACCCAUUCUGAAAGAGCUCACCACUCUCGACACACCAGGAAAAGCCAGCGUGCAAGUCGUGAUUCUUGCUGAUCCUGAUGACCACGAAAUUUGUUUUGUUGGCGACAAAGGUUUCCGCGAACUUAGCAAAGUCGAUCCGAAGGCCGAUGAGAUGAUACGCAGAGAGAUUGAGAAGGACGACAGCGUGAGUUGGUUCAAAGACGGAAAGAAAAAGGUCUAA